GGGUUUUUUGAUGGCUGAAUAAUCUUUAAUCCAAGGAAUUAAAUUGCGCUCUCUUUCCGCUUCUCUCUCUUUCUCAAUUUAUUAGAAUUUUGCUCUAAAUACUAUUUAGAUUAAAAUAAUCACUUCUUCUAUCCACGAAUUUGUGAUUCUUUUUUUCCUCAAAAAGAUAAACAAUGUCUAGUCGCUCGAUAAAGAGUUUUCCUCAAGAGAUCAUUGUCGAAAUACUGUUACGACUCCCCGUCAAAUCCCUAUGUCGAUCUAGGUCUGUAUGCAAACUAUGGCUUGCAUUAAUCAACGAUCCUCACUUCAUAGCUUCACACCUCCGCCACACUAAAACUCACAAGCUCAUUCUCGCUUCUCACUCUCUUUACUCUGUAAACUACGAAGCCACACCAAUCGAUGAAGAAUUAGUUGCUCUGGAACUUGAUUUUCCCUUGAAAUCGGUUCCCAGAAAUGCCCCAGUUCAGAUCUUUGGCUCUUGUAAUGGGUUGCUGUGUAUAAAGUCCGUCCCUGAAGCUUUCUUCCUGUUCAAUCCUGCAACUGGAGAGUCCAGGAGAGUACCGGAAUUUCAAUUGACUACUUUGAAUCACAGUUGUAUACAUGGGUUUGGUUAUUGUGAAGUUACUGAUGAUUAUAAGGUUGUGAAAGUUAUUGUUCCAUCUAUUGUGUGUGUGUUUUCGUUGCGAACUGGGUCUUGGAGAAGAGUGAAAGAUUGUCAUUAUUUAUAUCCCUAUUGUGCUUCAGGUACACCACUUAAUGGAGCUAUUCAUUGGGUUUUAACUAGACCUGGUGAUGGUGUUGUUAAUGUGGUAGUUGCUGCGUUUGAUUUGGCAGAGGAGGUAUUUACAGACAUUUCGCUUCCCGAAGCUUUGAGAGAAAUUUCGCUUCCUGAAGCUUUGAGAGACUUUGGGUUGUCUUCGCUUGCGACUGGGGUUCUUGGAGGGUGUCUGUGUGUGUUGCAUCAUCAUGGGGGGCUUAGUAGAGAAUUUUGGGUUAUGAAAGAAUAUGGUGUAGUGGAAUCUUGGACGAAAGUUUUGAUUCAACAACCAUAUCAUGUGUUAAGGCCAUUGUGUAUUUUGAAGAAUUGUAAAAUGUUGUUGGCUAUGAAUGGGCAGCAUUUAGUUCUUUGUGAUCGGAGAGAUGGUUCGUGUAAAGAUUUUAUGGUUGUUAACAUGCCACUUCUGUUUGAUGCUGAUGUUUAUGUGGAGAGCCUUGUGUCACCCAAAUACAGGUAUAGGAAUCAAGAUUUGUUAAUGGAAGGUAAUAAUCAAUGAAAUCAAUCCAUGUUUGUGUUGUUUAUGCUCUACUUUAUCAUAGCUUUAGUGUCUGUUUUUUUAUAAUAUAAUUCUCCUUUGGUUAUGCAUUCUUAGUGCUAUACCUACUGUGUUAUUGUACUUAUUGUUAUAAGAAAAAAAUUUUAAGCUUUCUUUUACAUUUA